ACUCAGACAGCAGGCACACGUGGAGCAAAGAGGCAGAGAGGGAAGAGGGGCGACCAGCAGAGAGCAAGAGAGAGUCAAACUGCUGCCACGGACUGGGAGUAGUUUCUGCAUCUGGACUUGAAACAGACAAAUAUAGAAACAAAGGACCAAGACAGAAGGUUUAGAGGAGAAGAAGAGGAGAAAUCAACAACCACUUGACUUCAUCAUGUGCUUUCUGCCACAGGAUUAACUGAGAGAGGAACUGACCUGUGAAGUGAUUUGUGUAAACCAAGAGAGAAAAACAAGAAGGUCGUGGAACCUGCAGCCACCUGUGACACAGCAGCUCCAAGGUCAAGUCACUCUUGAUUUCUGACUCAAGAUCAACUUGCUGAUCUUUUAAGCCAAGAUAGACUCAGCCUUGUUAGAGGUACAUCUGACUUACCUGGCUCAACACAUUUCGCAGCGAAGACACGUUGGGGGUAAAGUGACAUUUUGAGCGGUGGACACCUUUAGGGAGCAGCAUCUUUGCAGAAACGUUACAAGUUUAAUCUCAACAAGUGGAAAUCACACAAGAAUCAAUCAGCAGCUGCCAGACUCUUAUUACGAUAAAGAUGACAUUCGCAAUGCUGCGCACGGCGCCUCCCGCAGGCCGCUUCUUGUAUGGCGACAUCGCGCUCCUUUCCGAAGACGAAGACGAGAACGGGAGCGAGGGGUCUGGCUCCGAUGAGCACAGCUCCAACGCCUUCCACCUGUCCUCCUCGUCCCCGUCUGCUUUCCACAUCAAGAUGAACAGGAAGAGGAAGAUGUGUGCGGGAAUUGGCAUUGGAGGGGUAGGUAUGGGGGGCAUGUUGGGGAGGCUCGCCCCCCCAGGCAUGUCUCCCCCGGGGGAAAUUCGCCAGAGGACUGCAGCCAACGCGCGGGAAAGAGAUCGCACCAACUCUGUCAACACGGCGUUCACGGCGCUGCGUACACUCAUCCCCACCGAGCCUGCAGACAGGAAGCUGUCGAAGAUCGAGACUCUACGUCUGGCCAGCAGCUACAUCAGUCAUCUUGGGAACGUCCUGCUGCUGGGUGAGGGACUUCAUGACGGACAGCCGUGCCACGCUCCCUCACCACCGUUCUUCCAUGUCAACUCCUCCCCCAACCGAGGAUCUGACCAAUCGACUCAGCCCAAGCACAUCUGUACUUUCUGCCUCAGCAACCAGAGGAAAAUGAACAAAGACCGAGACAGGAAGACGGCCAUCAGAAGCUAACAGUGAGGACACACACCAUGUGGAUAAAAUGCUCGUCACUUUGACAGCACUUUGGGUGAUUUUACGAUUUCUGCAACUUGAAGAUUGACAGACUUGUGAUCCAUUGCAAGGACUUUUCAAGGACUUCUAUAGCACUUCCAGGACUUUUCAAGGAACUUUAUGAAGCGAUUUUUUUUCGGUUGACUUAUUAUUUUGCUUUAUAUGAAAUUUUUUAAUUUUACAGUGUUUUCAAAUAUGAUUCAAACACUCCUGAAAUGUUUAACUAUACUUUUUAUGGGCUUUUGCUUUCUUAUCAACACCACGAAGAAACUUUCAACAACACUUAUGAGAGACCUUUUACUGUAUUGACUCAACGACUGUUUGUUCAGAGUCAGUGGAACUUAUGGCACAUGAUCGAAAAAUACACAACCUAUGAAAGACAAGUUUGUACUCAAAAGCUGUGUGUUAUUAAUGUGUAAACUGAAAUAUAAAUGUAUAUUUAUGUGACAUUACAUUAUAUAAUGAAACUAUGUUAUUUAACAGGCAUAUGACAUUAUGGAAAAAUAAUGAGAAUUGGUUUAAGGUACAAAGCGAUGGCUAUUGACACAGUUUAUGGCAUUACAAAAAAAAAUCAUGCUGGAACUUUUGUGGUAUAUUGGUUGUUUCUAAUAAUAAUUUCUGGAAGUUGAUGCUGGAAAAUAAUUCAAGAUGACCAAUAAAUCUUUUUGUAUAUCUGGAA